GCCGCCGUGCAGGCAUCGUCAUCACCCCAAGCUUCAGCUUCAAGCUUCACCUUGAGAGUAUACCAGCCACCAUACCGACCUGUCGUCGCAUGCUCACAUUAACAGUAAAAUGCGGUCCAUAUUUACAGCUCUGCUCGUCCCCUCCGCGCUUGCUUUUCCAUCGCUGUUCUCCUCCACUGACGCCAAUCCCCUCCCACUCGUCAUCUGGCAUGGCCUUGGUGACAAUUUUGCCAACGAAGGCAUCCAAGAUGUCGCAGCUCUCGCCGAAGAAGUCAACCCAGGUACCUACGUAUACAUAAUCCGACUGGGCGGCGACGACGACCCGUCCGCUGACCGCAGCGCUACAUUCUUCGGCAACCUCACAACCCAGAUCGAACAAGUAUGCGAGGCGCUACGACAGGAGCCGAUCAUCGGCUCUGCACCCGCGAUCAAUGCUCUAGGCUUCUCACAAGGCGGUCAAUUUCUUAGAGGAUAUAUCGAACGGUGUAAUGCCCCACCCGUCAAGAAUUUGGUUACGUUUGGAAGCCAGCACAAUGGAAUCGCCGAGUUUCAGCAUUGCGGCUUGACAGACUGGCUAUGUAAGGGUGCGAUGGCACUGUUACGUGGUAACACAUGGUCGUCAUUUGUACAAAAUCGACUUGUGCCGGCUCAGUAUUAUCGUAGCGUGAACGAGACAACAGGGGAACCGACAGAAGAGUACCUAGGGUUUUCUAACUUUCUCGCGGACAUCAAUAAUGAAAGAGACAUAAAGAACAAAACGUACGCGAAAAAUCUGGCAUCAUUAAGCAACUUUGCCAUGUAUGUUUUUGCAAAUGACACAGUGGCGAUUCCGAAAGAGAGCGGACACUUUGCGCAGGUGACGAAUCUGACGAACGGGACGGUAACUCCUCUUCAGGACAGAAGGAUAUAUAAAGAGGACUGGAUAGGGUUGAAGAAACUGGAUAAGAAGGGUGCGCUGCACUUCAAGAAUGUCGAGGGUGAGCACAUGCACCUGAACGACGAGGACCUCAGACAGGCAUUUAAAGAGUUCUUCGGACCAACGUCUAAGAGUGCACUCGGAAAGGUCCAAGAAUACCUAAAAUAUCAGGAACUCAAAUAGAGCUUCAUAAAUUUUCACCUCGUCUGCUACGCGCAGCCUGCCCGUUGCGUGCAAUACUUUUCUACUAU